AUGGAGAACCCCGUGGAGAGCCUGCAUAAGGAAGCCACCUGCUCCAUCUGCCUGGAGUACUUCCGAGACCCGGUCUCCAUCCCUUGCGGGCACAGCUUCUGCCGCACCUGCAUCACGCAGUGCUGGAAAGAGCGCAAUACCAAUUUCUCCUGCCCGCAGUGCAGGGAAGUCGCCCUGCAGAGGAACUUCAGGCCCAACAGGGAGCUGGGAAAUGUAGUGGAGAUAACCAAACGGCUGAGUCUGCAUGCCUUCCAGGAGGGAGAAGACGGGGAGGUGUGCGAGAAGCACGGGGAGGCGCUGAAGCUCUUCUGCAGCGAGGAAGAGAGCCUCAUCUGCUGCAUCUGCAGGGAGUCCCGCGCCCACAGGACCCACCGCGUGUUUCCCGUCGAGGAAGCCGCCCAGGAUUACAAGAAAGAAGCCCAGAGCCGUCUGCAGAGCUUGAAGAAAGAGACAGAAAAGCUCCAGGAAUUAAAACAGGCUGGAGAACUUAAACAUCAGGAAUAUCUGAGGCGGACAGAGGCUGAGAGGCAGAAGACUGUGUCUGAAUUUAAGCAAGCUCAUCACUUUCUGGAGGAGCAGGAGAGCCUCCUGCUGGCCCAGCUGAAUGAACUGGAGAGAGAGAUCGUCCGGCACCAGAAGAAGCACAAGACAAUAUUCGGUGAGGAGAUCAUCUUCUACAGCGCCCUGAUCAGCGCGGGAGAAGAAAAGUGCAAACUGUCUCACCGUGAGUUUCUGCAGGACAUCAGAGGCACCUUAGGCAGGUUUGAUAAGCAGCCGUUUCAGCCUCCAGAGGAGAUGCCACAGAAGGUGGAAAAGAGGCUACGUGAAUUCUCUGAGAAAACUGUUCUACUCACAGAGAUCCUGAAGAACCUCAGAGAUUCUCUGCCAUUACAAUUGGGAACAGAAUGGGUCAACGUUAACCUGGAUGCUGAAACGGCAAACCCGCAAGUCAUAAUCUCCGAGGAUCGGAAAUGUGCCAGGUGGGACGUCACCCGGACUGAUGUGCUGCAUAACCCGAAGCGCUUUAAGUCCUCGUGCUGCGUGCUGGGCUGCGAAGGAUAUGCUUCUGGGAGGCAUUUCUGGGAUGUCAGUGUGGAGGAUGGAGGCAUCUGGGCUAUAGGGGUGGCCAGAGGCUCUGUGAGGAGGAAAGUGGAUCUCAAACUGACCCCGGAGGAAGGGAUUUGGGCCCUCCAAGGAGAUUUUGGUCAGUACCAGGCUCUCACAUCUCCUGUGACCCCUCUGCCCAUCUCCUGCACUCCCAAAAAGAUCCGGGUAUUUCUGGACUAUGAAAGAGGGCAGGUGGAGUUUCUAAAUGCCGAAACAAAGGAUUCCGUCUUUGUCUUCCCAUCAGCUUCCUUCUCCGGUGAGAGAGUUUUCCCUUUCUUCAAGGUGUUGCUUGCCCAGCUAACACUGGAUAGCUGAAGGUUACCUAUCCAAGUUCUCUUAAGGCAGAUUAGUUACCCCUUUAAUCCCCACUAAAUUGUACUUGAAAUCCAAAGGGGCCAAAGUGAGGAUCAUACUCACCCUUCCAUGCAUGCUGGUGAAUGAAGUUUGGGGUCUGGUGGCUGAAAGUACAAGCCCAAAAUGGUGGUGGUAGCUUACUCCAGAUUUAGUUAAUGUUGGUCACACUGGUGCAGGUUUUUGCAUGCAACAUAGACAUGGAUGAAGGUGCUAAAGUAGGCCUCUGGCUACAGCAGAGCUUUGAACAGUUGGCUUCAGACACACAGCGGUUCAUGUGUGAUGGGAGCUCUUGUCAAGUCACUCAACUCCACUCUUGUCAAGAAGUCAGCACUGAAAAGUCAUUGGGUUUUGCUAACUAAGGCAGGGCCAAAUCAUCACCAAAAGUAGCCAAGAUGGAAAUGAGUUAGUUUUUACACCUGUCACUUUCUUAAUGUUUUAAAUGGUGAAUGUUAUUUAUGUUUGAACAUUGUAUUUUAAUGGUGUAAUAUAUGUUGUAUCUUCUUGGACAGAAAGGUGGGGAAAAAGUAAUAACUCAGACCAAAUUCAAAUAGCAGCAAAGAGGCACUUCAGCAUUCUGGACUUCAUUGAUGGUCAAGCAUCGUGUAACAAACUUUGAGCAACCAAUCAGAAGGUUCCCCCUUUCUGCUGCAAAGCACAUCCUAAACUUUGUUUUUCAGGAGCAGAUUUAAAUUACCUGUGUCAAUAUAAGAUGAGAAUAACACUGAAGUCUUAGACAGGAUUGUUGUGAGACUAAUAACAUUAUAAAGCACUUUGAGCAUUAAUAAAAUGUGACCU